AUGUUACAAUACCUGUUGGUUUGCUUCGUUUUACUCAACAGACGUAGCGCCGACGGCAGUCUGUGCGCCACAAAGGUCAUAGUGCGAGUGCCCCGCGACAAGGACAUUGGCUUGAUCUUUGAUCUGACCGUCACCAACCGCAUUAGAAGUGACCGAAGGGAAACGCUGGACUUCACAGUCGUGUCCAACGGGGAAUGCACCGUAAACACAACCGAAGGAGAGCAGGUGCACUCGAUGGGACGCAUCUAUGGAGGAGAUUUCGGGGCUGUCGAACCAGGCAAGAGUGAAACCGUAUCACUGGUGUGGCCCACUGUGUCCCUGUACAACCGGGUGGGCAGUUGCCCCAUUUUGAUCUCCGCCACGAGUGCCCACGCCAAAGACGCGGUGGCGACGGCCAGGCAAGUGCUCCACUUCGACACCCGCUUCGAGACCCUGGAUCCACAUGGCAACAAACAGCGAAGGAGAAAGGACUUCACGGACUGUCGCAACUGGGACAAGGACUACCUGCGGAACUGCACCCCAUUGAAUUGCGAGGAGCGUUACUUUGGCCAGCGCAGCUUCUUCAACCUGGAAACGGAGCAGUGCGAUCAGGUGUCUGACUGCUCGGGACCUGGGGAAUACUAUGACGUCUUCAGCAAUGAGGGCGUUGAUCCUGGCAAUUUUGUUUCCCUGGAGGAGCUUGAACUUAUUCAAAAGGGGACGUUUGAUUCAAAUAUUUUGGACUUGCAAGGCCCUUCACCGCACCAAGAAGAACCAAAAGCCGAUCUGGCAAAUGAGGUCAAGAAGAAAAGCAGAAAACUGGCUUUCCCCAUUCGCCAUUUAUUCAAUCCCUCGACGCCAGAGGAUUGCGACAAGUCGCGAAAACUUACCCUGGCUGAUUUCAAUGAUUGCUUUCAGCACUUGAAGGAUGCCCAAUCCCAGACACCUAAGGCCUCUGAAAAUGAGAAGAAAGUGGAGAAAAAGUCACCAUUUGAGGUGCCAAUGCUGACGCAGUUGUAUUACGAUUGGUAUCUGCCCUUGAGGUCUGAUAGCUGGGGCGAAGGAGGAGAAAUCAGUGCCAUAGAAGGAGAACCAAUUCCCCAAAAUGUACCAUCCGGAUCGGAACCCCUCUUAAACUGGAUAAGCAGACUCGAUUUCAGGGGUUGGCUGAAGCUGAUCCUCAAGGGAAGUUCCAUUAUCUUAUUGCUAAUUGUGUUUCAGAUUUUUUCCACUCUAACGGCCUAUUUUCUGGUGUGCCUCGCCGUAUAUGGCUUCAUGGAACUUUACACCGUUUGGAAAUCUGACGAGGCAGCCCAAUCUUUGAUCAUGGAUUCCAGUUCUCAAACCAGCGCCUAUAAUCUUGUGACCUCAGAAAGUCUAAUGUCCCAUCGUUAAUUAAAUGUCAAUGAAUAAUUUGUAAUA